AAUAAAAAACGUCAUAUGUCAGUAGAAAACGUUCAAAUGCUUCAAAUGUACGAAGUGCGAGAUAAAAACGGAAAAAGCGUUUUAUUUUUAUUAAAAAAUUAAAUUUUAAUUACGUUUUAAUUAAAAAAAUGUCGGUUCAAGCGCGUUACAGACUACUGUACGAUGAGAAGGAUUCGUUUAUCUUCAAACUGCCAUUCAGUAAGCUUUCCUUGCUAACGGUGACUUUGCCGUUGGUGGCCUUCCUAUUUUGCAUAAUAUACUCGAUCAUUUUCAAUUUUGAGAGUGUCAACAAAACCCAUUGUAACGUUUACAAUUUCUUACCGUCCGUCUCGUCAGCAAUCGGCGGUUAUUCGCCGCAAAAAGAAGUCUGGACUUGGGCUAUUUUCCUGCAUGCCGUGCCACGAUUAUGCAUUCCAAUUAUGUACUUUCAAUAUAACAGCGAAGCUUUGUAUCCUCGUGCUUUUUCUAUUAUGGUCGUCGCUUCGUUUCUAAAUACAGUUGAAAAUAUCGCUCUCAUUGUGUUAUCGUUUUACACUUCUUCGGAUAAUUACCCUGUACAUAGAAGAGCUUUCAUAACUUUUAUUAUAUGUUCGGAGCUUUAUAUGUUGUUAUUGGUGUAUUUACACACGAGGUAUCGGAAAUAUUUGACUGAAAUUGAUAAAGUUAGUUUGAAUUUGAAGAAGAAAUUGGUGUUUAUUAAUAUAAUUUCGAUUUUGGUUGCUACAUAUUGUUUUAUAAGGCAUAAUAGUUCGUGUGAGGAUUAUGUUUAUUCGUUUUUCGCAUUUUGCGAAUACAUUGUUGUUUUAACAAAUAUGGCUUUUCAUAUGACGGCCGCUUUGGAUUUCAAGAACAGACAUCUUCACAUUUACAAAUGUGGCGUGUGCCUUUCACCCAGAUAACAGAUGAUUAUAUAGGUUUAACUUAUUUUUUAAGUUUCCUUCUAAUCGAUUUGUUAAAUUGUUUCGUACCUGGUGUAUUUAAGUGUUUUAGGGUGUUAUGUAUUGUUUUUUAUUUAAAAAUGUUUAUAUUAAAGCGUUAAUUUGAAGUUACACUCAAACUAGUCCAAGGAAUAAAAUAAAAAUGUUGAAGAAUUUUAUAAAUAAAUAAUUGUUGAACAUAUCAUGAUGUACAAAGGUCCAAAAGAAGUUAAAAAAAUUGUAUAAAGUGCUUUACUAUAAGGAAGAGUGUUUUUUUAAAUUGUAUUUAAAAAUUGUGAGAUAAAUUUGACUGAACUACUACUACGUUUAAUUCAAAAUGUGAUUUUUAAAUUAAAUAAUGCGGAUUUGAUGGUUAAAAGCGUAGUUUUUGGGAUUUAAACUUGCACAAACGUGAAAUCUUUGCGAAUUGUAUAAUGCACAGAUAAAAAUUUGUUUGAAUCGUGUACUUGAA